AAAAGUUGUGCAAGUCCAAAUUAAUCUCCUCAUAGACCCAAAGAAUAAAAUAUAAAAUGCUGAGAGUUUCAUUAAAUUGGCCCAAGUACUACUCUUUAAUGAGAAGAAUCAUUAUUCCUAUAGCCAACACAAAAUCUUCAACACUCCUCCUUCAAAUUACUUCAAAUAAUUCACUUAGGCUUAUAAGGAAAAUGAGCCAAGAGGUACCUCAAAUGCCUGGCCAACAUGCAAAUCUUCCAUCUGAUUUCCCUACUACCACAACACCACCAAAUUUAUCUACACCCACCGAUGCACCACCGGCAGUGGAGGAUUCCCCUUUCGUACCGGACUCUGAUGCUAUUCCACGCAUAAGAUCAGGUGAAAAUCCUCCAACACCAUCUCCAUCACCAACUGCACCACGAACUGACACUCCUGAAUUUUCUGAUCCGCCAAAUACUUUGCCGCCUGGCCCCGAUGCACCGCGACCGCCCACUUCACCACCAUCUGGACAGCCAGAAGAGUCCCCACCACGCACUCCAGAUGGUUUGCCUCCUAAUAAACAACCUCCAGAUCCUGCAGAGCAAAUUAGAACAUCUAAUGUCAGAUCUGAAUAGUAGAGUAGUUAGUAUAUAAGUAUAAAUGGAAGUUGAGGUUCCCGUUUUCUUGAUGUUAAGGAUGAUUGUUUGCAUGUUUAAUUUCCGCUUAGAACUUGGCUAUUAGUUGAUCAUUCUUGUUUACGUUUUAAAAUGCCAUGUUUUGUAUGUUGGGUUUAACUCAACCUCAAAAGCUAGCUCAUGAUGGGAGGAUUAUUCAAGUCCAUAUAAGGAGAUCAAGUAAUCCAUCCACAAUCGACAUGGGAGGAUCAACAUAUACAGUCUAACCUCUCUAUAAUUGUCAUUCGUUAAAACAAUGUAACGUCCUGAUUUUUUCUUCGGAACCGAUUUUUCAUGUUACAUUUUAUAGCGG